UUGAUUGACCAUGUCUCACAUUGGCAUGUAGGGUCUUGCCCAGGUGUAAACAGGUAUGAAUUAGCACAUCUAAUUGCAUGCAGCUUGCUCUCAAAUGAGAGGUAAUUCCUUUUGUGCUGAGGUGGAUAAAAUCUCACUGCACAUAGCCUACUAUUUCAGUGCCCUCAAGAAUUCUGUGGUGUAGGAACCUCCUCUCCAAGAAAAGAAAAUGCAGAGAAGACUCACCACUCGGCAGGCCUUGGAAAUGAUCCUGAGUGAAGUAAACCCUUGUGACUCAGAUGGAGAAGACAUAGAACUUCAGCCGGAUUCGGACUCAGAGCUGUCUGAUCUGUCUUCAGAUGAGGAGACUGCUCCUCAACCAAAAAAGAGAGGCCGUUUGGGGACUGACCUGACAGAGACAGCGAAAGAUGGCACAGUGUGGCGUGAAGAACAGGUGGGGACGCGUCUCCCUUUCACCCCAAUCAAAGCGUACGCUGCAGAUGGAGAGCCAACGGCUAAGGCCAGGAAAAGUAUCUCGAGUCGCCUUCAGAGCUUCCUGUGUUUCAUCACUCUUGACAUGCUUCAUAGCAUUCAAGAAUGGACUAUUCAACAUGCACAGGAAACAGAGCAUGUUCAUUGGUUCAUGGCCCUCCCUGAACUAAUGGCAUUUAUUGCAAUUGUCAUCUUGCGGGGGCUUACCAAGGUUCCAUCACUACGUGACUGCUGGUCAGCAAACCUGGGAAACCCACAUAUCAUUGGAACAAUGCCGCGAAACCGCUUCCAAGACAUCAUGCGACACCUACGCUUUGAUGACAGGUCCACCCGGAGUGAUCGAGCAAAGACUGAUAAGUUUGCUGCAAUUUCCAGUGUGUGGGGAUCAUUUGUCACCAAUUGCAUCACGUCCUACAACCCUGGUCUACAUAUCACCGUUGAUGAACAGCUUUUCUCGUCAAAAACUCGCUGCUGUUUCCUGCAGUAUAUUGCAACUAAACCUGACAAGUUUGGGAUCAAGUUUUGGGUGGCUUGCGACCUAAAAUCCAAGUACAUUUGUAAUGUCCUCCCAUAUCUUGGCAAGGACCCUAGUCGUCCCAGUGGAGAGAGACUGUCUGAAAAUGUAGUGAUGAGGCUGAUGGAACCAUUCCUAGACAAGGGCAGAAAUGUUACCACGGACAAUUUCUUCACAUCGCUGUCACUUGCGCAUAAACUUCUUAGCCGGAAAACCACCAUCCUCGGCACAGUCAACAAGAUUCGCCGGGAAAUCCCUCAAUCUGCUAGACACACAGAUCGCAAUGAAUUCACCACUCGUGAUGAAUGGAGUGUUGGAGUGUUGGAGUCAGAUUUCAAAGAUACUGGAGAAAAGACAAGAUUAGUGUCUCAAGAGGACAUUAUGUUCUUGAACAAACUGGGAGAAAAUAUCAGGAUGAGGAUUAUUUCUAUGGAUUUCUACAUGGAUGAUGGAGUCUCCAGUGUGGAAAGUCCAGAGAAGGCCAUAAAGUUGGCUUGA